AUCACCUUCACGUCAGCCUUUAUCUACUUCUUUAUUACAUUUCUCGUUCUACAUUGUAAUAUAUCACAUCUGUCUCUCUUUUUGAUUUACCUGACAACUUUCACCUUAGGACGUACCUUGUACACAUACUCGCUCGCGAGUCGCAAAAUUCCUGGACACCAUCGCUUGGCUGUGUUCCAGCUGUAGGCGGAAGCCCCCCUGGUCGCCAGAGAUCCGCUCUUGGAAUUCUGUAGUGAUACGACCAAAAGUCCGCUUAGGAACUUUUCGUCAAAGUUUUGAGAUCCAAAGACAGCAGAUCUGCUAUCACUAAGCAUCACAAUAUCUUCUUGGCCGCACUGGAUCUCCCAGUAGAAACGACUCGUUGACCCCUUGAUACACCCAGUCGCCUAUACAAUAGUAUUUGAAGCGAUAGGUUUUGUCAAAGAACUUUCUGGGAAUAUCUACCAACCAUCUCUCCGUACUGGGACCCGACCCCUCUAAUACAUACUAUCAACAAUGUCGUCUGCUGUAGCAGAACUGGACAAUUAUCUCCAGUCUAUGCUCGCCCUUAAGCCUCCUGGCGUCUCAGGAUCUAAAAUCAACAGUAUCACGUCGCUCUGCACCGCGAAUGUUCAGAAUGAAUCCGUUCUUAUCCAGAAGAUCUAUACACACUUCAAGAAGGCUCCGGGAACACACAAGUUGGGCGUACUCUAUGUCGUAGACUCUGUAACUCGACAGUGGGUAGAAGCAGCGCGCAAGGCAGGUCAACCAUCUGGUAGUGCCGCUCCCGAUGGAACCUUCGCCGCUGGUGUUAACAGAGUGACCGAAUUACUACCUGUCUUGAUGACUGAUAUCAUAAACAACGCUCCUGAGGAUCAAAAGGAAAAAAUCAGGAAGCUGGUUGAUAUUUGGGAGCGUGGAUAUACUUUCCCCGCCCCCAUGCUUGCCUCAUUCAAAGAAAAACUAAACGCACCCGCAGCACACAAUGUUGAGUCCACCACACCUGAGGGUUCCCCAGCUCCAAAUUAUAUUCCCCUGGGGGGUCUUCAGCAGUCGCAGCUACCGCUGCCAUCCAAUGGCGCAACCUCGGCGGCUCCUCAAUCGGCGCCGGAUACCUCUAGUAUAUUGAAAGCCCUGGCUGAUAUGGCCAAACAAAACACAGCUGCUCCACCAGCAUCAGCAGCGCCGGCAGUAGCACCACAGUCUAAUCCUCUUGGUACUUUAACCCAGCAGAGUGCAGCUCCGCAGCCCGUGUCGUCAUCCGUAGACCAGGCAUCACUAUCUCAGAAUGGGCAGGCUAGUGUAAACCCAUUUACUGCUGGGGCUAUGGCGACACCUUUCGCGGCCUUGAGUAAUGUCGCUCAAAACACGGCAUUGGUACAACCGCAAAGCCAGAGUCAGACUCCGAACCCAUUGACUGCGGCACAGAAUCCACUGGCUGCGCUACUGCCACAGGCGACUACAGGCCCAGCUCAGCCCACUCCCGCUGUUGCGCCCGAUGCGCUGCAACAGCAACUCCAGCUCUUACAGCUCCUAGCCGCCCAGGGAAUUCCACAAGACCAGUGGGCCACCGCUCUGCAGAUCCUUAGUCUGUCUAAUGCCGCUAACAUGGGCAACAUGAAUCCUGCCCCGGCUGCUGGCUUUAAUUUACCAGGUCAAAAUGUUAAUGCCUGGGGCCGUCCUGAUUCCCAGUCACGUGAGUUCGACCGGGACCGUGAACGGGACCGUGACUAUAUGCGCUCACCUCCAGGCCAGUAUCGUCGCCGUUCCCGGUCCCCAGGCUGGGAUAGACGUCGUGAUGUGUCCCCUCCUCGUCGCCGUGAUAGUCCCGUUUACGGUGAGUACCAUGGUGACUCGCCCGGUCGCAGGGGUGGCGAUCCCCGCGGUCGGCGUGGGAAUGAUUAUCGUCAGCGCAGCCCUCCUGGGCGUAGACGUCGUACUCCGUCUCCUCCUCGUAAGGACCCUACUCUACCGCCUCCCGGCCCCAAAUUUAUCGAGUGGGACUACUCCAUUGGGCAAGGCAAUAUCAAAGUUUUGAGUCGAACCCUUUUCGUCGGUGGUGUCACGUCAUCCGAGGCGCACCUGCGCUCUCUAUUCGGCAAGUUUGGCAUUGUCCAGACCUGCAUUGUCAACAUAGAUAAACGGCAUGCAUUCAUCAAGAUGAUCAGCCGCCAGGAUGCUGUGCUUGCUCGUGAAGGUAUGGAAUCUUAUAAGUCUGGGGACAUGCAACUUAGGACUCGCUGGGGUGUAGGAUUCGGACCGCGUGACUGUAGCGACUAUCAGACAGGAAUUAGUAUAAUUCCGGUCGAACGACUCACGGAGGCAGAUCGAAAAUGGAUGCUCACUGCUGAAUAUGGCGGGACUGGUGGCAGACCCAUCGAGAGCGGCAUGGUUGUCGAAGAGCCAGAUAUCGAGAUCGGUGCUGGGGUUUCAUCUAAAGCUAUCAGCAGACGGAUUGCAACUGACACCGGGGGCAAACGGGGUCCUAUCUCAUCCCGCACUCAGCAGGACCGUUUCCCCCGGCCAGACCGGGACGGACCUUCAGCUAGAAUGGGCCCAGGGGGCCAUGGUGGCCAACCCGAUCGAGAUAUUUCCAAUGCAAACAAUGUCGGCGUUCCUCCUGCUGUGCCCGGUUUUGGCUUUUCCUUCCCCGGUAUGCCCAUGUUCCCUCCAGGGUUCAUGAUGGGAGGAGCACAAGCUGGAACAUCUAGCGGGUCAGCACAGCCCCCACCCCCCGGUCAAGGAGGCAAUUAGGUUCUUGAUCAAAUUCGAAUUGAUAAGGCAAAUAUUGCUACUGUGGAGACACAGUCUUCACUUCUUUCAUUCCGCCUUUGUUUUGAUACGAGCUUUAUUUCUUAUAUUUCAUUGUAAAUCAUAUACGGAACAUGGCGUUGGAACUCUCUUCCUCGAACCCUUCAGAAAGGCAUAUUUACAUCAGUGCAAGUGAUCUUCAGCCAUUUGAGUGGGCAAUCGGAUAUUGUGGACACUGUCUUGUCUUCUUGCGUGUGUUGAUACUUCUCAGCUGAUGCCAUUGGCUUGAACCCAAAUGUUUCCUUGAGAAAAUGGUGAUGCGUCGCUUUCUUUCUUGCUUUUCUUUUUCUCUUUUUUUCUUUUUUCUUCCCUUGAACUUGGGCGGCUUUGUGUGAUUUUGUUUCUCGCGUAUUCGAAAAUCAGCAAUGCAGUUGCAUAUCUGCUCGGUGCACUUCUUUUUCCCUUUCCAAUAAUGUGGUGUCUGGCGAUAUGUUGGGGCAUUCAAUUCCCGUUAUAAUAUAACCAAAUAAAUUUAUUGAAAUUAUUUCUCAAGA